AUGGCUGAGAUUACAGAAUUACGACCUGCAUAUGACAUGUCACCGGUGCUGGCCGGUUUUAUCGGUGCGGCGGCUCUGGUGGUUGCCGUGGUGAUCCUGGUUCUCCUGUGGUCCUUCUGCCAGCGUCGACACCUCCGGGUGACGGGCCGAUACAAGCUCCAUGGCGAUCAGUACUGUGACUCGGCUGAAGACCCACCCUACAAGUUCAUCCACAUGCUGAAGGGCAUCAGUAUCUAUCCAGAGUCCCUCAGUAGCAGCAAGAGGAUAGUACGGGUGGCCAGGCGUGCUGGGUGGCAGGGGGAGAGAGACAGAGAGAGGGGUGGCGGCCGCGGGAUGGUCCUGGUGGAUGCUGAGAACAACAUCCUGGAUGCGCCUACCCAUCUCCAGAUGAGCCACCUGGUUCCCCCUGCUGGCCAGCCCAGGAUGGAGCGGGCACUGCCCGUCAGGGCCGACUACUGCUGCCUGGAUAGCUCAGCUACCAGUAGCGAGAACAGCAGCAAGACCGUUUCACCUUUCACCCCCGCGUCCUCCGACCCAGAAUCAGAGCCUGAAACCAGCCUGGGCUCCCUCAGCCUGGCUUUAGACUACAACUUCCCUAAGAAGGCCUUGGUGGUGACCAUCGUUGGAGCCCAUGGCCUGCCUGCAGUAGACGAACAAGGGAACAGCUCCGACCCUUACGUGAAGAUGACCAUACUCCCUGAGAAGAAGCACCGGGUGAAGACCAGGGUCCUAAGGAAGACGCUGGAGCCGGUGUUUGACGAGACGUUCACGUUCUACGGGGUGGCCUACAGCUCGCUGCCCGAGCUCACGCUGCACUUCCUGGUGCUCAGCUUCGACCGCUUUGCCCGCGAUGAUGUCAUAGGGGAGGUGGUGGUCCCACUGACAGAGUUGGAACCCAGCACGGGGCGGGUGCACAUCACCCAGCAAAUCAGCAAGAGGAACAUGCAGUGCGAGAGCCGUGGGGAGCUGUUGGUGUCUUUGUCCUACCAGCCUGUCUCCCACCGCCUCAGUGUGGUGGUGCUGAAGGCCAAACACCUGCCCAAGAUGGACAUCUCUGGCCUGUCUGGAAACCCAUAUGUGAAGGUCAAUGUGUUCUACGGACGCAAGCGCAUCGCCAAGAAAAAGACGCACGUGAAGAGAUGCACGCUCAACCCCGUCUUCAACGAGUCCUUCAUCUACGACGUGCCCCCUGAGCUGCUCCCUGAGAUCUCUGUGGAGUUUGUGGUGGUCGACUUUGACCGUACCACUAAGAACGAGGUGGUGGGGUGUCUGCCCCUCGGCCUGCACAGCCCCUGUCCCUCUGGUGCCACUCACUGGCGAGAGGUUUGUGAAAACCCCCGUCGGCAGAUCUCAAAGUGGCACAACCUCAGUGAAUAUUAG